GGGCUGUCGAGACGGUCGCUCUCUCUUCGGUGUCAAGCCGACGGUGAGCCUCCUCCACUUAUUAUUUGGUACAAGGAUGGUCAACAGGUCCAAUCUAUACGCGAAAGACCUGGUACUUCUAAAAAGAUGACCAAAUCCGGAGAACUAAUGUUCCUCUCUUUUGAACCAGAGGAUGAGGGUACCUAUUACUGCAACGCCUCCAAUUCAGAAGGAUGGACAAAGUCAAAGUACGCAAAAGUUUCGCUUGCUUACUUGGAUCCAAUCACUGACGGACCGCAAAAUCAAGUGACUAGUGUUGGAGAAAGUGUGAUAAUGCAGUGUAAAAUUCCCCGUGGUCUUCCAACCCCCAUUAUUACUUGGUUUCAUAAUACAGAACCUGUUCAGAGCUCAAAGCGUAUCACCUUUGUUGACGGGAACUUGCAUAUAGCGGACGUUCAACGCAGGGAUGCUGGCACUUACCAAUGCGAGGUGCGAAAUCGUGCAGGUCGACGUGAAAGUCAGUCGGCUGUUCUAACUGUCCACCAAAAGCCACGGUUUGAGAUAACUCCAUCUAACCAACAGGUGAAAGUUGGGGAAGACGUUGAGUUUGUGUGCCGUGUUAAUGGUGAUCCCAAGCCUUCAAUUUUGUGGCGACGAGAAAACGGUCACCAUAUCCCUGAAGACCGUAGCGUUCUGCGUGACGACAAGAGUCUUCGUAUAUUCCAGGUUCGGCGUGAUGACGCCGGAACGUAUGUAUGUCAGGCCAAGAACGAGGCUGGGAGCGUUGAUGCUUCGGCGAAAUUGGUCGUUCUUUCCCCUCCUAGUUUCACAAUAACACCAUCCGACACUACUGUCGCGGAAGGCGAAAAGGCUGUUUUUAAUUGCCAGGCCAACGGUUCACCACGCCCUUACAUAAGGUGGGUCCACAAUGGCGAAUACUUCCUCUUCCCAGACUUUAGGAGUCCCCAUCUCGUUGGAAAACCACGGGUAUUUGUUGACCAUGAAGGCAGUCUGGUCGUUACGUCAGCGCGCAAGUCUGACGAGGGGAAGUACGAAUGUCGAGCUUCACACAAAACUGGGAUGGUCAGGUCCUCAGCCAAUUUAUUUGUCAGUGAUUCCAACCCUCCUCCAAUAAUUGUUAUCGAACUGGGACCCCAGAAUCAAACGGUCCUUCUCGGAACGACUGCGACUCUGCGCUGUGAGGCCCAUUUACUCGGUGCUGCUGGUCUUCUUGAGGGAUUGCAGCAGGAUUCGUACGGCGUAAGCGUCUCCUGGUCAAAGAAUGGAUUUAAGUUUAUGGCAGACAAUGACCCCAGAAUCGUGUUGCUCUCCCAGGGUACUUUGCAAAUCAAUGAUAUCAAUUUUUCUGAUCAAGGCAAUUACACAUGUCGAGCAGAGACAACACCUGUUUUCACCGAUCAGCAUCAGUUUUAUCCCACUGAAUGGACGGCUAGUCUGCACGUAUCACGGGCAACGCUUCAUUCCACAUAUCAGCCUUCUAUCGUGGAAAACUUACCCAGACCGCCUACCGCCGUAGACAUCGUCGACGUUGGCGACACGUGGAUCUCACUGAAGUGCACAGUUUCUGCUCUUCCCGUAGUUCCAGUCUUUGACGACAUCCAAAACGACCAGCCUUUGAACGAAUUCGGUCUUUCCAUUCCCUCUACCCAAGUUGUUGAGCGCACGCGAGUGCGUAUAGAGUACAUCGGGAUCGACGGUGACCACGGUUGGAUUGUCGCGGCAGAAGCCCGCCCAGACGAGACAGUUAAAAUAGCCGGUCUACAUCCUGAAAGCGGUUAUCGAAUCCUCGCGCGAACUGUUAGCCCACGUGGCGUUGGCAGGCCCUAUGUCCUUCCUCACACCGUCUAUACAAAGAAGCGACACCGCUAUGUCAACUUCACCAACUACCCGACCGACCACAUCAACUCGGUCACAUUCAGUGCACCCAAACUCACAAGCCUUUCGACGUCGGAAGUUGAACUCUCGGGUCGCGUGUGUGGUGCUGCCAACGCAAUCGCUCUGCUGACAGGAAUUCGUGUGCGCUACCGACCUGUGCCGCUGGCGCGUUGUCUACUCCCCGAUCGACCUAGCGUGCGGGGUCCCGCCGACCUCUGUCCCAACUACGUGUCUCCGUCCUUCGAAGAUGAUUUGUCCUAUGCAAACGAGGGCAUCACAUCGCUGUCAGAGGACUAUUGUAGUCUACAACUUCUGCCAGAAAAAACACUCGACUAUUCCCUGUUGGGAGGAGGAGGAGGAGGAGGCGGCGGCGGAGGCCAACUCCCACCAUCUAAUCAGUUAGAGCACUUCCGUUUCAUGGAGCUUAAUCUCGUUGACUCAGCGCCCUUCCGAAUGGUGCUGGAUAACCUCAAUCCCUUCGUGUGCUACGAGGUCGAAGUGGAUGCCUACUCGGAAGACCGGACUUUGGGACGGGUGUACAGCCAGGGGAGCCGCGCUUCCACGGUCCUCACCUUCGAUAGCACACCCAGUCAAGCCCCCCAGGAUGUCAAAACGCGGUGGGUCGGUGAGAAUUACGAGGUUCUCGAAAUCGUCUGGUCCCCGCCUCCGGCAUGGUCCACAAACGGCUUCAUAACCGGCUUCUCAAUUCGACUUCUCGGCAAGGAAUCCGAGCAAAGGAAGACCCUAAGGGUGAGUGCAUCUCUCUUUCGUGCAUUUUGGGUCAAAUUAAAACUUGGAAUGACUUUUUGA